AUGGACCAAGGCGACUUGUUCCAUUACCUCCGAGACAAAAAGUACGGCGGGCACGUAAGCCUCGACCUCUCGACCAUUGACGUGGCGCUGAGCCUCAACAUCUUCCUCUCGCAAACCCACUACAUUCGGCUUGGCGACCUCGGCUCGGCACGGACCCUUGACAUGGCGCCCGAGGUGCUGCGGGUGCCCGGGUGCGAAGGCCAAGGGCGAGCGUACACGACGGCCGCCGACAUCUACUCGUUCGGCGUCGUCUUGACCGAGCUCGACACACUCUCCGAGCCAUACUCGGAUCUCACGGAUCGCAGCGGCGUCGAAGAGCUGGUUCGCACGGGCCGGCUGCGCCCCAAGAUGAGUGCCAACUGCCCGGCGUGGCUCCAAGACCUCGCCGACAAGUGUCUGGCGUUCAACCCAAAGGCGCGCCCGACGGCUGCAGCCAUCGUCAAGGAGCUUUUGCUGCGUCGCGACGGCAACGACGAUGCUCCGAGCAGCACGGACGAGAAGAGCGCUAGGAUGAGUAGCGUUUUGGGUCUGCCAACGACCACAGACCAGGACGAGACCAUGGAGCCUGCGCCUCGCCGCCAGGUCAAGGACCGCACGACGCGCCGUCGCGCCCUGCACCGCUCCACCUACGACACGCGCCAGAAGGCGCCAUAG